AUGACGGAGAAGAGCGGGCGGUCAUCCAUCGACAGUGGAUUGAUUUCGGUGCCGCGCUUGAGCCGUGGGGAAGAUAUAAACAACAGCGGCACAAAGCCUGCAUCUAACGCCACGCCUAAUACCGGGGGCACUCUAAGCGAUUCCGAGGUGCAGACGCCUAAUGGGAAGUUUGCGUGUUUGGUUGAGAAAGCCGUGCGAUCGUUGGAUCGAUGCGCAAGAAGGAAAAGUCUGAAGAAGCGGUUCUGGCAUGAAGAGGACUCACCGCUCAGCCGCAGCUGCGUUGGGUUCCGCGGUGAUGGUCUGGAACCGCCUCGCAAUGAGGCUCUGGAUUCGUUGAUCGCCAAGGGCACACCCGCGCGAGAUGAGAAAGAAAUGCGUUUUUUGCUUCAGAACUCCGAGCACUUGCAUCUGCUGCGGAACGAUGAAGUGGACGACGUAAUUAGGUCUUCUUUGCGCCGUGAGUACCUGCCAGGGGAGGUGGUACACGCUAAUGGUGGGCGCGCCCAGCACACAUAUGUUGUGGUAUGGGGAGAAGUGGAUGUGUUCGACCCCGGCGCGGCUGCCGCACUGCCGCAACAGCGCCGAUCGCCGCCGCCGCAGCCGCUGAAACAACACUUGGCCCCGGUCUGCCGUCGUCCAACGCCCGGAAACAGCGGCGUCAUUUGCGGUGUGGGUGAAACCAAGCGCGAAGAACGACAGGAGGAGUGGGAAAAGCACAUGACGCACUGUGGCACAGUCAAACCAGGCAUGUUGUUUGGCUUUAAGCUGUGUCUCUUCAACGAUACCUCGACGUUACGGUAUGUCGCAGGCCACGCCACUGACCGCACGGUGGUGAUACUUCUGCCGCUUCCACUAGUACAACGGCUGCUGGAGAGAAACACCUGCUUCGCCCAGAGUAUUGGGCGGCAUAUUGCUGAAAAGGAAAUUUUUGUUCCUGUGCGUGAGUUCUGCCGAUACGUCUUUUCGCCCGCUGCGGCGAUGAAUGAGUACCUGUCGCUCUGGAAAAUCCUUGAGCGUUACACAAAGAUUGAGAACGUCAUCCACACCAAGCUUGCCAGCAACGAGAUUGAUACAAGUGCAUGGGGUUACGCGCUGAAGCGGCUGCCGGAGAACGUCACGACAACAUUCUGCUUCGACCUCGUGUUGGCUCUCCCGCCUUUCGUAGCAACGCGCAUGCGUGAGGAGGCGAAGAUGGCGGACGUGCGCCACUCGGGCAAAGACCUGAAAAAUACGGCGUCAAAGCGAACGGCGGUGACAUAUAUCCGUACCAAAGAGCGCCGCCGCUGCACGUGGCACCUCGGCAUGGAGGGCAAGACACUCGUACUGCUGCGGGACGGCUUCACGGACCUGCUCGACUUCAUCAUGAUGCUGUGCGUGCACAUCAUCGAGAGCAACAAACUCCGCAGCCGUGUGCAGGGGAUGGUGCACCCACCAGCCAUCGACGUGCUGGACGACUACCUGCGCCAGCGGGAGGCAGAGGAAAAUGCGGGAAUUAAUGUAGCCAAGGAGGUGGAGCUCUUACGCGUGAAGAAGCUGCUGGCCACAAUGCCGCUCACAAAAGAAGAACAGACUGGUUUGCUAGCCAAUUGGCACACCGAAUGCUUAGUUAAGAUAUACGAAGUCAUGAUGCAUCGGGAAGAGUUUAAUGUGCGAGUUGAUCCGAGUGUUUCCCGCAGGUUUCAACUCAACCCGUUCCACGAGUGGGCACUCAACUUACGCGAUUGCAUCAUGGAAAAAAUGGGCAUGGACCGCAAUUUGGCUCCGCCAGACGACUUAUGUAUCGAUGUUGUAAGCAGCAACACGCAUUGUAUUAAGAACCUCUUAUCGAGCUUUCACCGCAAGAACCGGCGUGCAGUGGAGGAGUACGCUCUGAGCGACAGGUGGUCCGGCAAGGUUUCGGAGUGGCACACGCUUGAGGAUGCACUCUACGCAGCGACAGCGGGGUUCCUCGCCAGUGAGCGGCCCGAUCUGAAGGAAGAGUACGCGAACGCCCUCGAUGAAAGCGGUAUCACAGUACUCACUGACACCGCUAUGACGGGGCUGCAAGUCGAUGUCAUUCCGGUGCACUCGCUAAACUUUGAAAUGAUCGACACGGUCCUACAGGAGGCAGUCAAGAAGGCCGUCACUGACGGAAAGCCAUCCAACGCCGCGGUGUGGCGAUAUCUGUGCCAACCGCGAAAAGGCGGCAUGAGCUGCAGGCGUAAAGACAAGUGUGACUCGAACGAAGCGACGUGCUCCCGUCUGGAGCGUCAUUUUAUCAUUAACAUGGACUUCGCGUUUGGUGCUCAGGCGGCAGGCAUCUGCCAGGCGAUCUUUGGCGUCUUUGGGCCUCGCAUUCGCAGCGUAAAUGUGAUUGGGAAGGCCGGUGGACUGGUGGGCAAGCGUGGCGACAUCCAGCUGCCAACGGAGGUCCUCAUGUCCAAGUCGAGUCUUAUCAUGGAGGACUCACAGGACGAGCUGCGCCGCUGCCGCAACCAGGGCCUCACCGCGGAACGUCUGCGUGAGCUGGCGGGCCCCCGGGUGGAGGUGCACGAAGGCCGAAUGCUCACCAUCGCAGGCACCAUGCUCCAGAAUGUGCGGAUGCUGAAGUUCUACAAGUAUAUUUGGGGCUGUGUGGGCACCGAGAUGGAGGGGUCGUAUUUUGCUCGCGUGAUUGAAGACUUCUAUCGACAGGGCAUUGCACGCAAGGACCUGGUUACACGCUUUGCGUACUAUACCAGUGACUUGCCCCUAGGAGGCGAGGUGCCUGCAGUCAGCGGCCGCGCCACACUGGCUGCCCCCAUGACGCAGGUGGAGGGUGUGCCGCCACUCUACGCCAUCGCUCGCGGUUUACUGGAGAAUAUCCUUUACAAUGAUAGCACCAAAAAGCCGUAG